CCUUGAAAUACGAGCCCAAAUCUUGAACUCCUCUCUUUCCCACAGCUCUCUGAGAUUUUGUUCAGGCCAUCGGGAAGAACUCGUCGCCAUGGAUUCACAGAACGACGGCGACGUUAGUUGCAGUCCUUCAUGGAGCCCCGCCGCGAAUUGGACGGUCGCUGGUGGCUGUUUGGAGAAUACAGUUGCUUAUGAAUCCUUCUAUUCUCCAAUCAACGGCGAUGAGACGGUCGAAUCCGGCUCCAAGUCGCCUCUAGUUCUGCGCUGUCCCUCACCGGAGUCUGGUCCAUGCGAGAUCACUCUUCGUUUUGCGGAAAAGCACGAAAUCCGACAGGUUUAUGUUAGAAGCACUGCCCGAGUCUACGAGAUGUACUACGCUACCAACUCUCAAAAUGAAAAUGAGUAUUUUUGUACCGUUCGUUGUGGUGCUGCUUUGAGAGACGAAGAAGUGCUUCACACAAAUGGAAUUGAAGGUGUGUCUGCACAUCUAAAUGGGUCUAAUGGAGUUGUGACUGAGGCAAAUUCACAACGUGGCAGUAAUCUGAACACGAAUGAAGAUGAAUGGGUCGAAGUUAAAGCGCCUGAUGGCCUGGCCCUUGAUCAUAAAAACAAUUCUUCUACAUCCAAGUCUGGUGCUGAUUCAGUGAGGAUUAAGCAGGACUUUUAUGAGGCUACCGCAGAAAUAACGGAUGCAAAUCCUUGCACAUCUCUUACAAUCCGUCUUCUUUCACUUCAGAAUAAAAGUCUUGUAUAUGUAGAUGAAAUCUAUGUGUUUGCCAAUCCUGUUGAUUUAGAAGAAGAGAGCCCAGUGGAGAACUCAGUUCAAAGUUCUCAAAGUUCUUUGAUGUCCAUGCUUGUUCCAACCCUUCUGCAGUUAUCUAAAACCACUGGCAGUAGUAAGAACAAUGAUGGUAGUAAUUCUAAUGCGGAGGGAAUUCAUGUAUUACCCAAGAUUGGGUCAGAAACUCUUAAUUCAACCAAUAGUGUAACUGGACUUCAGCAGCAAGAAAAAUCUCGCGCAACCGAUGAUGAUGAAGUGAAAUUGCAAGAAGAAAAAGAGUCUGAUAGACCUGUACGUCAGCCUGAGGUGCAUCUACAAGUUCCUUUUGAAGAUAGAAUGCAUGAUGAAAAUGAAUCUCUUCAUCGUAUUGAAAACAUUUUGGGCCAGCUUGUUUCUCGAAUGGACAGAAUAGAGAAUUGUUUUCUAAGGUUUGAAGAAAAUAUGCUAAAACCCAUUAACAGCAUUGACGGAAGGCUAAAGCAGGUUGAGCAGCAACUUGAAAUUUUAACUAAGGAGUCACAUGGUUCAGAAUGGCCAUCUUGCUACAGAAUGUCUGCUCCGAGCUUUUCUGCUAACGAAUCAGGUUCUAACUCCUUCUAUAACAGUGGGAACGAUCAUCCCAGUUGUGGACCAAUUGCCCCGGAUCAAAAGGAACUACAUUCAGGUGCAUCACCCAUUGCACUGGAUAUAUCCAACUCAGUGAGUUCUUCAUUGUUGCGUCCAAGUCUUGUGGUGACUGCUCCUGAAUUUUCAAACGGUGAUGAAGACGAUCAGGAGUGUGUUGUGGUUACUGCUCCUGAGUUUUCAAAUGGAAAUGGCGACGGCCAAGAGAAUCAAGUCCCAGAGGUUCCAGUGGAUGUGCCAAAGAAUAAACCAAAACCAUCCAUUGAUGAUGUAUUGGCAUCUGCUCUCGCUCAAUUCACGUUAUCAUCAUCUUCAAUCAGCACUCCGGAACAUUCAAAAACUGUGGCUGUUAGAUCUCCAGACCUUCCAAAUGAAGCUGGAAACAACCACAAGAAAUCUUUAUCAAGUGAUCUGUCUGAAAGUGAAAUGGAUCAUUCAAGCUGUUCCCAUGAAAUUGAUAACACACAAUGCACAACAAAUUCAGCUUCAGCCUCUCUGUACUCUGCCAAUGGCUGGAACUUGAGCCCUUCUGCGCAAGAUUAUUCUUUCAAAAUUGCUGAUGGAGAUGGAGAACAAGUUUUGGAGACAUGGGAAUCCAAGUGUGAGAGAGUUGAUGCCGAUGCUGAUGUCAAUGUCGGAGUUGCUUUGGAUGAACACAAUUUGGAAGGAAUGGAGGAACUUGUAAAUGUGGAAGUUAUUGAUGAAACAAGUGGAGAUUCUGUUUCAGAGAAGAGGAUUCCUAUCCACCCUCUUUCCCAUCAUCCCGAAAACGAACCUGAUAGAACUAAUGCUGAUGCGAACACCGAUACCAUAGAAGUUACAAAAGGAAGCUAUGACAUAGACAUAGUCCACGAUGUUCUUGGAUUUUCUCGUGACACAUCCAUUGUUAAUUUUGAGAUUCCAAUCCUAGACGUAAGCUUCACCACCACCAUUGCAGAUUCGUCUUCGGACGACACCCUCAAAGAUUUUUUUGGGGGCACGGCAGAAUCGAGCUACGGAGCUUCUUGUCUCAAAGAAAUUUAUGACGUUACUCCUGUUGACGAGCAAUGUGAGCUCAUUUUGGUUGAGGAAGAGAGCCAGGAGAAUGCUACCUCAACAAAUGGUCCCAUAUCGGUUGAUAUGAACUACUAUACCAUCAUGAGCGACCCUCUAAUUGCCACUGAUGGCGAAAAUCAGCGGGUCAUCUGGAGUCUUAUAUGAUUAAUUUCUGGUAUAUUUCUUAUUGUGGACGUGGAUGUGAAUUUGUAAAUAAAUCCUUUUUAGCCCAUAAAUAAUUUUAGUUUAACUUAGUCUUUGUUUU